UUAAAAAUGUUGUGUUUUGCAGGCCGUAAGUCGUCAUAUUCGUCGCCUGAAGCAUCUCAGAGCACACCAUGAUGCCUGUGAGAGACGCUAUAACAAAGCGCACACAGACCGGUCAAAAAUCAAUGAGGACACCAAGUUGGUUUUACACAACAACCAGAACACAAUGAAAGCUGAUGAGUGUUCAAGUGACAGUGAUGAUACCAUUGACCCCACGCCACCUGAUGUAGACAAGGACAGUGAGGACAGGGACAAGGAUGGCGUACCUGAGCUGCAAAGAACUGAGAGUGUUUUUCUGACCAGAAAAAUGCUGGGGAUCAAAGACUUUUCUCUGCCAAGUUCUGGGAGCAGUGAAGAGUUGUAUGUUCCUGAUUCUGCUGACAAAACUGAUGACGAAUGUUCAGAAGAAGAAGGAGACAGUUCUGAAGUCGAACAGCACAAGUACAAGAAAAGAAAAGCCAAGAAAAAGCAUUCAACAAACACUCAGGCAGUCCAACCACACAAACGACAACGUAAGACACAUAGAGAAUCCUCCUCCAAUGACAGCUCUGACGUGACAGUGAUGAUGCUGCAGAAAAAACCGAAUGGUGACAGACUGUACAAUAAAAAGUAUCACUGUGUGUUUUGCUUAAAGGCUUACAAUAAAAUUGCCCGCCAUUUGGAAUCUAAACACAGAGACAAACAGGAGGUGGCAAGAGCAAUGACAUAUCCAAAGGGGUCAAAAGAGAGAAGAAUACAGCUCAGCUUACUGAGAAACCAAGGGAAUCGUCUACACAAUAAUAAGGUGCUGAGAGAAGGAAAAGGAGUGUUAGUUCCCAGUCAGCAGUCCAGCACUGAUGUUGCAGCCAGAGAUUACAUGCACUGUAGAAACUGUGAAGCUUACCUCAAGAGGAAAACACUGUGGAGGCAUAUGCAGAGAUGUCAACUUCGCAAGAAGAUUGAGGGAUUAAAGCCUGGAAAAACCAGAGUCCAGGCUCUUUGUCAAUAUGCUCAGCCAGUGCCAGCAGAUGUUAAUGAACGCUUUUGGAAAAUGGUGCUAAACAUGCACAUGGAUGAGGUUACUAAUGCUGUUCGCAAAGAGAAAAACAUUCUGAAAUUUGGAGAACACCUCUUCAGCAAACAUGGACACGAUGCAACCAAACACGAAUAUAUCAGACAGAAGAUGAGGGAGGCAGGGCCACUUGUUGUGCAAGGACACAAACAUGGGAAGUUGAAGCAGUUAUCAGACUUUUUUGUACCAGCUAAUUUCCCUCAUGUGAUACAGGCCGUUAAGGACGUAGCGGGCUUGAAUGAGGAGACGAACACAUACAAAACACCUUCUCUGGCGCUUAAGUUAGGCCACAACCUCAAAAAGAUUGCAAGCAUCAUCGAAUGUGAAGCCAUGAUUGCAGGUGAAGAGGAUGUCGUCCACAAUGUUCAAAUGUUCAAACAAAUAUGUGACACAAAAUGGAAUGAGUGUGUGUCAGCACAGGCCUUAAGAAAUCUGGAUGAAGCAAAAUGGAAUGCCCCACAGCUUCUUCCAUUUGCUGAGGAUGUAAAAAAGAUGCAUCAGUAUCUCCAAAGACAAAGACAGGACUUCAAAAAAAAACUUGACCACAAACCAACGAAGAAGGACUGGGCAGAACUUGCAAGAAUAACCCUCUGUGAGAUUAUUCUGUUCAACCGCAGAAGAGAGGGAGAAGUAUCCAAGAUGCCAUUGAAUGCUUUUCCAUUGAGAGACACCUCAUCCACUCAUCCUGAUAUUGAGUUGUCUCUGUCUGAGCUGGAGAGGAAGCUGUGCAAACACCUCCAGAGGAUAGAAAUAAGGGGAAAACGAGGACGAAAGGUCCCCAUCCUUCUCACGCCUGAUGUGCUUGCUUCUAUGGAGUUACUCGUCAAGACUCGUCGCACCUGUGAAGUCCCUGAUGAAAACCAGUUCAUGUUUGGCAGACCACAAGCACUCUCCUACUUCAGAGGAUCCGAUGUUAUUCGUCAGGUAGCUCGCAGUUGUGGGGCAAACCACCCAGAAGCUUUGUCUUCCACCAAGUUAAGGAAGCACUUGGCAACCAUGUCCAAAAUUCUUAACCUGAAGGACAACGAGAUGGAUGACCUCGCUGAGUUCCUGGGCCAUGACAUAAGGGUGCAUCGCCAGUAUUCUAGACUUCCGGAGGGCACGUUACAGCUCGCAAAAAUCAGUAAGGUCCUCAUGGCACUGGAACGAGGUCAGCUGUCGCAGUUUCAAGGAAAGAAUCUUGAUCAGAUCAACAUGGAUCCACAAGAGAAAAUGCCAGUGUACAGUGACCCUUCUGACAGUGAAGCAGAUGAUGACAUGAGAGAGGAAGAUGCAGCUCCUUUUUCACCGUCACCUUCACCUACACCUUCACCUUCACCUUCACCUUCUGCCUCAUCAUCAUCAGGCAAAUCCAGGGUGAGCAGGAAAUCCUUUCAAGCUGGACCAAACUAUCCACAUCCAGCCAAAGGUCAUUUAAGUUGAGGAUUAUGGAAAGUAUACUAACAG